AUGGCCACACUCAGCGUCCACACUCCUCCCGCCGUUCAUCAAUCCGACCCUAUGCUUCAAGUGCGCACAACCAGCAGUCCACUUCACACGGCCACCGCCUCUUUUCACCAACGCCAUCGUUCCCAGUCUCCUGCACCUCCACCUCCAACCUACACACAGCCUCCCACCGCCUCGUCGCUUGCCAACGUCACCUCAGGUGACGGAUGGGCCAUUGUGGCCAAUCCGACAAGAUGUACCAACGCCGCUCCUGACGCUGCCGCCCUUUCUGGCGUUCCAUCACCCAUCGCAUCGGCCAUCUCGACAGCAUGGCAGCCCAACACGGCUGACCUCACCCCCCUUAGCCAUGCUGCCAACGACGCCUCCAUCCGUCGCUGCGGUCCCGUCGACUUGGCCUCGCCCCACGAUGUGCCAUUCGGAGAGAGGGCCUCUCCCGCCAUCAUUUCGCUCGCUCAGCGCAACGCACGUUCCUUGAGCCGUAACGGCACCCGUCCGCCUAGUCCCUUGACUCUGUCACCCGCCUUGGCCUCUGAAUCUCUCAAUCCGUCUGGCGCGCACCGAGGUGGUCUUCGCGGUUCCGACGAGGAUCUUGAAGUUGCCGACAAGGACGCCACCAUGGACACAUCGGAUAACAACUGUGCCUCGACCGGCGCUACACCUCUAGUACCUCCAGCAACACGUAAGCUCUGUGUCCGACAUCAGCGCAUGGCUGACGAAGGCACCACUGCCCGUCUGCAAAAGUCCAUCGAGAGUCUGCCACUCGCCGAUCAGACGGCGGUCAACACGGUUUGGUCGCUCUUCUCAUCGUCCUCUCACUCACGAAGGGCGCUCAUCCUUCAAGGCAUUCUGACCAUGUGUUGCUUCAGCCAACUCUCGCUUCUGUCCUCCGAGCUGGCGCUGGCGAUCCGCAUCGAUCCCUUCUCGCUCUUUCCACGCGAGGUGUCGCUCAGAGUGCUUGGCCACCUCGACGCCAUGAGCCUCGGCCGAGCCGCACAGGUGAGCCGAUCGUGGAAGCAGCUUGCCGAUGAUGACCUGCUUUGGCGCAACAUGUGUGAGCAGCACAUCGAACGCAAGUGCGAAAAAUGUGGUUGGGGUCUUCCGCUACUCAGCGAACGUCGGCGUCGGGUGCCCGGUCCUGCCGUGCAGCUCGGCACGCCCGAGUCGCGCGAUCUCAGCUCGGACGGAUCGGGCUGCAACCCUUCCACAACGCCUGGCUCGCUCAAGCGCUCCAUCACUGCCGCUGCCAAUGCCGCUGCGCUCGAAAAGCAGUCUCGCUCGCGUGCUUCGAGUCCUACGCCUUCCAACGGCCGCAGUCACUCGCUUUCCGUCUCGGCUCACCGCGAUCUGCAUCUGGACACCAUUCCUGAGCAGCGUGAUCGCGACGCUCCGCCUCUCAAGAAGCAACGAAGCGGUAUCCAUGGCCAAGCCACCGCCUCCUCGGGCCCGGGCUCGUCCUCUGGCACCGCACCAAAGACUCGUCCUUGGAAGUCGGUCUACUGCGAGCGACUUGCCAUCGAGCGAAACUGGCGUCGCGGCCGCUACACGUCGCGUACGCUUGCCGGUCAUACGGAUGGUAUCAUGUGUCUUCAAUUCAACGAGAAUCUGGCUCAUCCUGCCUUUCCCGUCGUCAUCACGGGCAGCUACGACCGAACCGCACGUAUUUGGAACCUCGAAACGGGCGAAAUGCUACGUGUGCUCGAAGGCCACACCAGAGGCGUACGCUGCCUGCAAUUCGACGAGGCCAAACUCAUCACGGGCUCCAUGGACCGCACUCUCAAGAUCUGGAACUGGAGAACCGGCGCACUGAUGCGCACGCUCGAGGGCCACACCGAAGGCAUUGUCUGCCUCCACUUUAACGAGGACACGCUGGCAAGUGGUAGUGCUGACAGCAACAUCAAGAUCUGGAAUUUUCGCACGGGCGAAUGCUACACGCUUCGAGGCCACCGCGACUGGGUUAAUGCCGUGACGCUCUGGACGGGGCCGGCGGCUAAGAAGCGCCAGCAGCGUCUGCGAGCGGCACUGCGCGAAGCCCGUUCCGCCACCUCGAUGAAUGAAGACGACCCCACUGCAGCGGGUACCUUCCUCUUCUCCGCUUCGGAUGACGGCUCGAUCCGACUUUGGGACCUCGGCCUUCGCGAGUGUCUGCUCACUUUUGAGGGUCACGUCGGCCAAGUGCAGAGUCUCAAGCUGGUCAUGAUGGAUGACGAGGCAGUCCGAAAGCUGGUCGGCGGUGCUGCUGGUGGCGUUGAUGGCGAAUCGUCGAUUGAUCAGCGCCACGGUACAAGACACGGCUCAACGCAGACGAAUGCAAGCGGUGACGACGAGACGGUUGCUACUGAGGACGGCGAGCAGGACAUGCUCUCGGUGGAGGAUCAAGAGUCGUACUUCCUUGGUGAUACCAGCCUCUCGCCUUCGCUUCGACCGGUUGCGGCUGGCUUGGCUUUUACUGUAGGCGCUGCGGACAUUGGUGCGGCUUCUAGCAGUCGUGAUAAUGCCACGACGAGGGUCGGUGGUGCUCGCCCAUUGUCAAGCGCAGCCGAGGUGUCUGAGCGAAGCUUUUUUGCAAAUGGUAGCAAUGGCGCCGGAGGUCGACGCAGUGCGUCAGGUGGCGGAACGUCGUCCGCUUGGUCCACGUCUCAGCAGCGACAACGCCGUCGGAUCGACAAGAACCUUUUGCGUGUCCAGGAGCGUCUGUGUGCGGCUGGGCUGGUGGACGCGCUGCCGCUAGAUGCCGAAAUGGGCGAUCUGGACCCUACCAUGCGUGGCGCGCGUUCGACCAACGGCAACCGAUCCGGCGAUGAGUCGCAGCCCGCAGGUGGCAAAGACAAAGCGAGCGAGCGACACCACGCCAAACCGCGUCCGGUGCUCAUCUCUGGAUCGCUGGACAAUACACUCAAGAUUUGGGAUGUACGUACGGGACGCUGCAUCCGGACGCUAUUUGGUCACGUCGAAGGUGUCUGGUCGCUGGAUGUGGACAAGCUGCGCAUCGCCAGCGCAUCGCACGACCGAACGAUCAAGAUCUGGGAUCGCGAUACGGGCUACUGCCAGAACACGCUAGUAGGGCACAAAGGAGCUGUUACGUGUGUCAGUCUGAGCGACGAUAAGAUUGUCUCUGGCUCGGACGACGGCGAUAUCAAGGUGUGGAGCUUUGCUGCUGCCAGCGCAGCGGCGCCACCGAAUGCGGUCGCGCGCAACUCCGCUGCGCUGACACCACAGCAUCGCUUCGCUACACCGGUAGUACCCACGCCAGCCGAUCUGGGUGGGCCAGCACCGGCUUAG